AUGGAUUUAAAACCUAUAAAUAAGCCUACACAAUGGCAAUAUGACUGGAUGAAAAUAGCAUUGGGAUUUGCAGAGAAUGCGCUUAAAAAUAAUGAAGUUCCUGUCGGCUGCAUAUUUGUGUACGACAAUGAAAUUAUUGCAAAUGGAGCUAACACUGUCAACGAAACCAAAAAUGCGACAAGACAUGCUGAAAUGAAUUGUAUUGAUACUGUAUUAUCAUGGUGCAAAGAAAGAAAUUUGAAUUUUACAGAAGUAUUCAAAGCCAUGGAUGUUGUAGUGACAGUUGAACCGUGUAUUAUGUGUUCAGCUGCAUUGUUCGAACUUAAAGUGAAACGAAUAACUUAUGGUUGUAAAAAUUAUAGAUUUGGGGGAUGUUCAACAGUGUUUGAUAUAUCAAAAAUAUAUAGAAAUUCUAAUUGUGUGAUGGUAGGAGGAGUUUAUGAUGAAGAAUCUAUUAAUUUGCUAAAAGAUUUUUACAAAGGCUCUAAUCCAAAUGUUCCUUUGAGUAAGGCGAAAAAAAAAAAGCCUAAAAAUUUAUUAGGUAAUCAAUCAGAUUUGAAUGUUUAA